AUGUCUGUUGAAUGGAAGAGAAAAUUCAUCAUAGAGCAACAUGAGAAGGGCAUGUGUCCACCUGAAAUAUUCAAGUUAGGGAAAAACCUCAAAAUUAACAGAAUGUUGAUAAAAAGGACGAUUGAUCGUUACCAGGAAACUUCUUCGAUCAAAGAUAGACAAAGAUCAGGCCAUCCCCGCACCUCCAGAACACCUAAACUCAUCAAAAAUGUUAGGGAAAAAAUCAGACGAAAUCCAAGAAGAUCCAUGAGGAGAAUGGCAAAAGAAGAACAAACAUCGCCAAGGAUUACGCGGAGGAUAUGCAAAAGUGACCUAAAGUUGUCACCCUAUAAACUCCAAAAGAGACAGCUUCUCUCCACGCCCACAAUUGAAAAGAGACUCUUGUUGAACAGUAUUAAAGAUGGCACGCUCCGUAACAUCAUCUUUAGUGAUGAAAAGUUAUUCUCAGUUCAAUAG